GAUAUGUAAAAAACGAAGAACCGCUACAGUACAGCUGUCUUUAUGAAUAAACUCCCAACGAUUAGCGAAGGCAACAGACUCAGGUCAGUAAAUCAGUAAGCUAGGCUUAUCUCAGUUUCAAGUUACUUUUAAAAAACAAUUUAAACAAAUGCACGUGUAAAGAUGUUUUGUGAGCGAACUUGUGUCGCAUGCAUUGAGAUUUUUUCAUUCGAUCUUUUUAGUAGCAAUGCUAGCCAAUGGUUUGGCAAGUAUGAUGAUAAUGUUUAACCGGCAUAACAUUACUCAACUCCAGGGCCCUGUUUCACGAAGCAGGGUCACCGAGUAAACUGGAUCAUUCCACUGAAUAAAAUGCGGAACCCUCCCAAAUAUGGAACAUGGACUAAAGUAAAGAGGUGUUCCGGGUUUUACUCGGCGCCGUUAUCCAGCUAACUACACCCAGGCCCACAGGUAAUCCAGAGGGAGUUGGUACAAUGCUGGAAAUAUCCAUCUUAAAGAUCCAGGAUCCUGGAUGUUUCUGGGGUCGGAUUGUAAAAGGAGCUGGACUGAAGAUACAGAGCCCCCAAGAAUAUGAGAACCUGCAUGUCAAGAUGAACCUUUUCUAUCACGAUGUCAACCUGGACGUCCAGAAGAUCAGGCCUCCAUCACUGGCAGAGCGACAGGUCUGUGUGGUUUACUCACCCACCCUGAAGAGUUGGUGCAGAGCUGUUGUAGAGUCGAUCUUCCCGGGAACUGUUGGCUGCCAGGUCAUGUGCUUUCUGGUGGACCAUGCCGAACACAUUCUUGUGAGCUCAGACAGCGUCAGAGCGCCGCUGGAGAAGUUCCUGCAGCUGCCGUUCUGGGCGAGGAAGUUCCAGCUCGCCGGCAUCUGCCCCAUGAGGCUGCAAGUGCCCGUCUAUCAGGAGAAGGCUAAGCUUGUGCCUUCAACCCACUGGGACAGCUCUGCUACACGGUACUUGCACAGCCUUGUACAAGCUUCCUCACUGUUAGAGGCUGUGCUGUGUGAGGUGCUGGAGGACGCCACUGCCAUUGAGCUCUAUUUAACCGUCAGGAAUGUGAAGAUCUGUGUGAACGACGACUUGGUUACAAAGAAGUUUGCGUGCUUCUCGAGCGGCAAGUCUGGAUCCAGCCCUCGUGACUGCCUGGACGACCCCUCCCCCGCCACGCUGGCGGGUGACAUCUUCUCCAGCGGCAGCGCCUUUACGACACGCAACGGCUGCGCCUUGCGGUCGCUGUGCUCCAGCAUCUCUCCCAGGAAGGACCUUCGGAACGGCAGCCCAGUGGCGAGUCAGACUGCAGGUGUUGGCUCCUGGAGAGGCACACAGGCACCAGCUGGGGGCGCUCCAGAGCCCGAACCUCUGAGCCCUGAAGCGGCGGACACAGCAGGAGCUCAAGCACGCGGCGCAGUGGGUGGGAGUGAUGGAGGCGUGGCCAGGAGAGCUUCUGACUGCAACCGGGAAUCAUUGGCGGGAGCCUUUUCUUCAGAUGGCUGCCAGGUUGAUGGGAGUCACCACCGUGCGUUGGAAACUGAGACACAGACUUCCCUGGCAGAUGAAUUACUCAAUAAGCUUAACUUGUUCAGGUUUAUGAAGUUCUUGAAUCCGCUCUCUAAAACUAAGAAAACACACCCUGAGCCCGACUCGGAGGAGAAGACGGAGACGGUCAGUGUGAAGAACAAUCCGGAAGAAGACACGGAGGCUCAGGACAGCGUGAAGAACGUUCCGGAAGGCGACACACAGACCCAGGAGAUCAGCACAGCUCCACAGUCUGAGGACACCUCUGCAGCGCCCCCACCAGGCCAAGUGCGUGAUGCUAGUGUCCUUGUAGAAGAGGAGGAGGAGGAGGCGGAGGAGGUGGAGGAAGAGGCCACAGCCUUCAGAGAACAGCAGGCUCUUGAAGAGGAGUUAGACUGUGCAAGGUUGUUGCAGUUGCUAAAUCCGGAUCCUUUGAAUCCAGAUGUGGAAUGCUUGGCCAGCACAACUGGAGCGGACCCUCUGUGUCAGAAUAUUCAGUGUGGGCCUAGCAAGAAUGGGAUUUUACUGCAUUCCGCCAUUGACAUUGACCCCUGCACUAGCCUGGCAAAUUCUCCUAUCACUGAUAACAUCAGGAAGGGUCUGGUGCGUAAGGGGUACGGCAGGCCGCGCGUGGCGGAGUGGUACAGCUGGCCGGCGGUGGCGCGGGGCUGUGACACUCUGCUCAUCUCUGGCUGCGGAGCUGAGCCCCUCACCUACAUCCCCCCGCUCCUGUCCCACCUGCACCUGGUCUCCGCCUGCAGCUCCCUCACCUCACGCACCGGGCCCAUAGCAGUGAUCCUGUGCCAUGGCUGGGAGAAGGCCCAGUGUGUGUUUGACCUCCUGGAGGACACUCCCGCUGCAGAGUCCCUCCAUCCCAUGAUCGUCCUGGUGGGAGAGAAGGACGAGGCCAAAGGUGUCAAAAUACAGAGGAACUGCCAGGUGUUGGUGACCACGCCCUUCAGCCUGGCACGCCUGCUGGCGUUCCACUGUUUCCUCUUCCUGAGGCUGUGCCACCUGGUGCUGGAUGAGGUGGACGUGCUGUUUUCCAAAGCUCCGGAGGAGAUGGCCGUUGCCCUUCAGCACUUCCAGAAGGCGGCCGCCAGCGAGGAGCGGGCGUUCUGCACCAAGCAGAUCAUCGCCGUGGGCAGGCAGUGGAGCAGGGAGGUGGAGGGCCUGGUGAGGGAGCACAUGAGCGACCCCAGCAUCAUCAUCACCGUGAUGGAGGAGGCCGCCCUCUACGGCGGGGUGCACCAGAUGGUUCUGCUGUGUCUGGACUGCACCAAGGUCUCGGUGCUGCUCGGAACCCUGGACUUCGUUCCCGAUGUUGCCCAGAAGACCCUCAUCAUCACCAACACUGUAGAAGAAGUGGAGCAUGUCUUUCAGGCAGUGAACAACACCGCAGCUUUCUGCCUGAUGGUUCACGAGGGCUUGACCUACCAGUUUGACUUCGUCAUUGAGCAGUGGAGGAAGCAGAUCGGGCCGGGGACCCACGUCAUUUUGGUCGUGACUAAUGAGUGCCUGAAGGCCCUGGGGAUUCGGGACGCUACCUGCGUCGUACACUACGGCUUCCCCAGCUCUCCCAGGCUGUUCGGGGCCCGGCUGUGCUGCAUGUCCCAAAACUUCCAGAACCUCUCUGUCAAGGACUGCGAGAGGCCGUCGCGCGCGGCGAAGUCGGUGCUGCUGCUGUCGGAGCGGGACGCCGGGCAUGUGGUCGGGGUGCUGCGCUACCUGGAGCGCGCGGACGCGGCGCUGCCCCCGGAGCUCCUGCACUUCGCCCAGGGCGUCCUGCGCGCCAAGGAGGGCCAGAAGAGCGGCCGGCCCCUCUGCGGCUACCUGAAGAGCUUCGGCUUCUGCAGGGAUAGCAGAGUGUGUCCCGAUCGACACCUCAUCGACCCCAAGCAAGACGCCCCUCAGCACCCCGACUCUGGGAACGCAGUGGUUCUACCCCUGUACAUAAAGAAUGCCUCCUGUUACUAUGGACGCAUAGUGAGCAGGAAAGAGGGCUCUUAUGAAAGUCUUGCAGCAGAGAUGAUGGAGUAUUACGCCAGCGAGAAGUUCAAUGCCAAGGACGUGGUAGAGGGAGGGAUCUAUGGAAUCCAGGAGGAGGGCGUCUAUCACAGGGUCCAGGUGCUUGUUGCCCCGGACCGCGGGGAGCGUCUCUUCUGCAGCGUUAGAGUGCACUUCCUGGACGAGGGGCGAGAGCAGGAAGUGAAGGCCCACCAGCUGCUGGCGCUGCCCAGCCGACUGCACAGCCUGCCGCCGCAGGCCGUCGAGAUCAUCGUGUGCCGCGCCAAGCCCAUCGACGGGGAGGUGGACUGGAACCCUAAGGUCAACAGGUGCAUCAGCCAGAAGAUCAAAGGAGUGGAGCAUCACGCCAAAAUUGUUCUGAGCCUGGGGAACACAGUCUGGGUGGAUCCUAUGGUACGUAUCACCCGUCUGCCGGGACUGAAGACCUCCAUAAACGAGUACAACGUGCGCUCUGAGAUCCUGGCCACCGGGAUGGGUACCAGCAACCCCCAGCACCUGGAGCUCCUGAGGGCGCUGUGCCCGGACGCGGCCGUUUCCGCCGCUCCUGGGGAGCCCGCCCCCGACGUGCAGCCAGCGGCCCCUGCAGAAGCCCUGGAGGCCCGGCUGAGGAGCCCCGUGGAAGCCCUGGCCAACGGAAUGGAGGCCUGCACAGACAGUCUGCAGUCAGGACGGGGGGAGCCGGGAGACCCCCCUGAGAGGGAGUCCGGAGCCCCUGCCCCUCCUCCAGAGAGCGGGCCCCAGGCCCCCUCGGGGGUCUCAGAGACCGGGGCCGGGCCUGGGUUGGGUCACAGCCUCAAGCUCUUCCCGGGUCUGGGUGCUUCUGUGCCGAACGGGCCCCGUGCCUUUUUAGGGGCCCUGGAGAGUAAGCUGGGGGCCCCUGCCGCCCCUCUGGAGAAUGGGGUGCAGGAGAACGGAUUAAACGGUGCAGGCUGUGGAGUGCCCCCUGUAGGCUGCCCAGCAGAGGAGGAGGAGCUCCAACAGACCACACGGUUCCACCCGCACAUCAAGUGGUUCGAGAGGGACGACUCCGUCACGCUGAACAUAAAGCUGCUCGACCCCACGGAGCAGAAGUGUGAAUUCUUCUCUGACAGAGUGGUGUACAGCGCCCGCCUUAAUGACAGGCGUUACUAUGCGGACCUGCGGCUGAGCGCUAGCAUCGUGGCGGACGCGUCCUCCUGGGAGGCGGGGCGCGGCGAGCCGGUGCUGAGGCUGAUCAAGCGGAGGCCCGGCGCCUGGAACGCGCUGCUGAGGCGGAGGAGCCCCUUCGUAACCUUUGAUUUUGACCACUUUGAGGGCGAUGACCCAGCGGUGGAGAACACAGCAUCUGAAAUGGGACGUUUUCCUGUUGGUGGUAAAGGUCGCUGGUUUGUGGAGCACACUGGAGAAGAGGGGUGCUACGUGAGGUCAGACUCUGAAAGUGACAGUGACUGAACGAGCGGAUGGCAGAACUUCACCUUUUCAGAAGCGUCUUCAACUUUGUUUCUUUUUUUGUUUUAUGAUUCCAUCAAGGCCUUAGCCUUUCAUUCACAAUGACAUGUGCUACAUGCCUUUAUGAAUGCUAGAGAUCAGGGGUUUACGACUUAGUCAUUAGGAGAGCCGUUGUGUAUGCUGCCUUUCAUUCAAAGCAUAACUGUAAUAAGUUGUUAACUGUUAUUGAGUUGACACUUAAUGAAAGUUCCCUCCAAAAUUAUUCACACUGACAAUUUAUUCAAGUGAAAAAGACUAUUAACUGCUGAGAUGGUGAGCAAAUACUUUUUCUUGAUUUGGUUGUGUACUCCACUAUUCUAAAUUUGUAAUCAAACUUUGGUUUCACCAUGAGGAAAUUGCAGCACUUCUCAUACAUACCCCCCACCCCCAAUUUCAGGUCACCAUAACGUUUGGGAUAUGUUAACGUUAUGUAAUAUUAGAGUAGUCAUGUUUAGUA